UUGACAGGUGAAGUGGUACCUGUCUCAGGUGUCUGUUGUGUGCGUGCGCGCGCGUGCGUGUGUGGUAAAUAGGAUAGCUCAUAGUGACUGCAGCUCAGAGGAGAGCUCGCUCAUGGAGCCGUGACACACUUUGGUUUCCCAGCAUGCAGCAGGAGCUUUGGCUGAGGGCCCUUCUUCAUAUCUGUGUGUGCGAUGAGAUCAGCCACGGCACAAACACUGAUAAAACCAACCGAACAAGAGCUGAAAAAUGCCUUAUCCAAUAGUGCCUUCAGUGGCCACAACCACGUCUCCGACUCAACCAGACCAGAACAGUCUAGAACGAAACCAUCCGAAGACACAUGCAAUAGUGUUUCUUUGCAUCAUCAUGGCCAUAAUCGAGAAAAUGCAGAUAACGCAGAUGUUGUCGAUGGCCCCUGGAACCUCCACAACCCAGUGAAAGCUUCAAGGAGCCACCAAGAACUUCACAAAGAGCUGCUGCUGGCACACAAAAAUGGGUUGGUGGUGUGCUGUAAACCGGAGCUUCAGAUGGUUCUGGAAAGGAGAAAGAGAGAGCAGAGCCAAAAGGAGGAGGGAGAGCAAAACAGGAGCCCGCUGGAGCAAGUCCUCCUCAAACGCCAGCAGAAACAUCAGGAGAUGAUGAAGGAGAAGGAGGAGGAGCAGAAGUUACAUGAGGAGGUUCAGCUCUUGGAGUUUGUACGAGUAAGACAGAACCUGAAGAAAGUUCAUUCUGCUCUACACAGGAACAUUCACUCCUGAAUGUCUUCAGCACAAGCUGAAUUAUUCAUUUGGCCAUGCAGAUUUAUUUUGAAAUAAUGUACACAGUGUUUGCAUUAAAUCUGACUGUUUGAUUCAUUUUUAAUCUGUUACAUUUCACAGUUCUGAUCUUUUUUCAAAUACCAUAGUUACUACAAUUAGUAAUAGACCAUACUACUAUAAAAUCAUAUGUAUCACAGAGUCUAUAGUAUACUUGAACAAUGUAAAAUUGUUUUUAUUGUUGAAACCUAUUACAAAACUACUGUGACAGAAUUAUGAUACAGUGGUGGCAUGGCAACACUACAGUAAAGACUAAACUGUAAAGAGUAAAAGUUGGAUCAACUAAAAAAAAAAAUACUUAAAUUGGUAACACCUAAAAUGUAAGUUUUUUUUUUACAUAAUUUUUUCACUUUUAAGGGAAAAAUUUAAAGAGCACCUAUGGUUAGAUUCACAUUUUUACAUUUCCUUUGGUGUGUAAGUGUGUAUUAGUACAUGUUACCGAUGUGCAAAAGGUACAAACCCCAAAGUAAAUGAAGACGCAAGUUAUUUUCUCCAACGUAAGUUAUUUUCUCCAACGUAAAUCUCUUUUCUUGGACUACAACAAACACACGGAUUGUAUGCAACAGUCUAUCUCCUGGGAUUGGUGAUGUAGACAAGACCGACAUUAUCAUAAUUCCUCCCACUUCGGACUCACAGCCUGUAAGUUAACUCCUGUCAGCAUUGCAUUGUGAGCGAAUCUUUCAAACAUGGUAAGGAGCGUCACAUUUCCGGCUGACGUCAGAGGUAUUCCGGCCAAUCACAACGUAACAGAUUAGCUGGCCAAUCAAGGACACAAAUCUAUGCGUUCUAUGAAGAGAGUGAAAUCUGCAGCUACAAAAAUAUACAGUAUGUGGAAAAUAAUGUGUUUUUUAAAACCAUAAACCACACGAAAACACAUUGUAUUAUACCAAAUACACAAAAUAACAUUUUAAAAUAUAAAAUAGCUGCCCUUUAAGUU